UGUGCUGCCCAUUCCUGGCACCAAAGCUGUGUUCAUUCAGGCAAAAUCCUCGGAUGGGGCCUUGCUUCCAGAGUAACAGGCUGUGAUGCUCAUUUCCUGUGUGAGUGAGAUAGGAGGGAGGAAAAAUACCAGCAAAUCUGUGAGUAGCCUACAAACUCACAUUCCUGGAAAGGCUGCACCUCACAUCCAAGUUGGAGGGACUGAAGAGAAAGAUCUCUUUAUUGCAACGUCAUCAGAAUCAUUUUUGGUUUCUAAUAAGUUCACCUUUUUCUUUCAAAAUGGGAGAGGCAGAAACCCCCCUGUCUGUCUAUGAAGAGUACCACAACUUGACGGAGCUCUUCCAUCUGCUCAACCAGACACUCAGUGACUGUGAUUUGGGACUAGAUGAGAACACUAAGCGGGUAUUUCUCUUUGUCCUCUAUCUCGCCAUCUUUGUGGUGGGAUUGGUGGAGAAUCUCUUGGUCAUAUGGGUCAACUGGCAGACCCGAAGCCACCGAAACUUGGUCAACUUGUAUAUCUUCAACAUGGCCCUUGCAGACUUAGGGAUGAUCCUCUCCUUACCAGUCUGGAUGUUGGAGGUCAUGCUUGAUUACACUUGGCUUUGGGGAGAUUUCCUCUGUCGCUUCACCCACUACUUUUACUUUGCCAACAUGUACAGCAGUAUUUUCUUUCUCACCUGCCUCAGCGUCGAUCGGUAUGUAUCCUUGACAACUUCCUCCCACUUCUGGCACCAACACCAGCAUGUUGUACGACGGAUCACCUGCUGCUGCAUAUGGGCCUUUGCUGCCAUCAUCCCUUUGCCAGAGGUGGCACACGUGGAGUUAACUGAUACCAUUGAGCCCCUGUGUUUCUUUAUGGCCCCCCUGGAGACCUACAGUGAAUGGGCCCUCGGUCUCAUCAUCCUUACUGCCUUAAUUGGGUUCCUUAUCCCAUUCUCCAUCAUGGCAGUCUUCAACAUACUGACUGCCAUACACAUCAAGCAUUGUAACAAACCGGAGGGCAGAAAAAACUGCCACCUCAUCUAUGCGUACAUAAUUGUCUUCUUGAUCAGUUGGCUGCCAUUCCACCUAUUUUUGCUGCUUCUCACUUUUGAAGGGACAAGCAUCGUCCUCCACUGCUAUGUGACUGACUUCCUGUACUUCUUCUAUGAUAUCAUAGACUGUUUCACCCUCAUCCAUUGUGUGGUCAACCCCAUCCUAUACAACUUCCUGAGCAAAAACUUCCGAGGGAAGCUCAUCUCUGCUGUGGUUAGAUACAUUCCCAAAGACCAGAUGGAUCAGAAGGGAGGAGACGGUUCUUCCUCUGGCACCCAACACUCUAUAGUCAUCACGCAAGACAAGACUUCGCCAAUUUAAGCAGCUUUUCUGAUUGCCACACGAACGUAUUUGCAUUUUUCUCUUAUCAGCAAAGAAUAGGCUUAAUUAAGAUGCCUGUUGUUGUUAUUGUUGCCAGUGCCUUUUGCAAUCUAAAAAGGAGGGCCAUACAGGGGAAAAAAUGGAGGGGGGAGGGAAUUAUAUGCUGCUGUGUCAAACUGACUGGCCCUAACCAGCCAAAAUGUAAGUUUGCUAUUAGUCCUCAUCCACUUCCUUCACCUUGAACUUGCAAUGAAAAGAUUUGCUGCCUUGACAUUUUACUGUGGAGAAGAGAUGUAUUUCUCUAAAUUUCUUCUAAUUUGUGCUAUUUGAUAUGAAAAUAACGUUCUGAAAAGCUGAUGCUGGUCUGCUGGUUAAACAGAAUUGCAUCUAGAUGGCUGGGCAGAACAACUUAUACCGGAAGCAGCUGGAUAUAUAGCUCCCACCUAUAAAAAUCUAAAGAACUGAAAUGGUCUGCGAAGAUAAAACAGGCACUAGCCCAGAUUUAUGGUGAAUGUUCAAUUAGUUGCUUCUUGGAGCUGAGGAAUCAGGAUACUAACAACUCAAUCUUAGCAGUUCCUACAUAGAUCUUUUUACUCCAAACCACUAACAUUUACCUAACAUCAUAAUAGAAAAUUAUACCCAGUAAGAAUAUGAAUUAGGGAAAAUGUGAAAAGAGUAUUUCUAGAAAAUCACACCACAGGUAAUUCUAGAGAGUCUCUCUUCUGAAAGAAUGCACAUCACCCUGAAUUCUUCCAUUGUAUUAAAAAUCCCAAACUAG